CCGUACAAAGGGAUGCCCCCCGAUUCAACCGAGGAGAUGCAUCUGCAGCUGUGAAAGGACGCCCUUCUUUAAACUGGUUGCUUCCUCCUCACCUCCCUGGGAAAGCAAUUCCCACCCACUGCAUAACAGGAAAAUCAGCCUGCAGAAGAUAUGUUCAGUUGUGAACCUGUCACACAUUUGAAUGGCUGAGAUCUAAGAAGCUGAGCAGGCCAUGGCCGGUUCCCAGGUCCUCUGCUUGGAGAGCGAAGAGCCGUAUGCUAAAGUAACGGAAUCGAACCCUGAAUUUUUUUAUUGUGAGGGUCAGCGGGUAGCCCUCGAAGCGCUGCUCGCUAAAGGCGAGGAGGCCUUUAAAGAGUGUGUCUCCCAGGAAAAGCUGCGCCCCUUUCUGUCAGAUGGAGAGCUGCAGGAACUGAAGGCAGCUGCAGAAGACUCGCUGGCUCCCUCGCCAGGUGGAACUGGCAAUGGUGGUCACGGGGGCAAGGGAUCAAGCCUCAGCUACUGGCCUGGACGUUCGGACGAGCCUACUCCAGAGCUGGAGCUAGGGUGGCCGGAGAACAGCGUUUGGAAAGGGAUUACCCGUGUGGAGGUCUAUACCCACCCACCAGGAGAGGGAGCGCCACACAUCAAGGAGCUGGUGCGAAGAUACAUCCAGCAAGCCAACAAGGUGAUUGCCAUUGCCAUGGAUGUUUUCACGGACCCUGACAUCCUCUUAGAUCUGUAUGACGCAGCACUCAGGCGCCGAGUCCCCGUCUACAUUAUUCUCAGCAGACAGCACCUUGCCUCCUUCCUCACCAUGGCUGAGAAAACGUGCCUUAAUGUCCGUCACACAGAGAAUCUGAGAGUCCGAGUCAUCCGGGGUUGCACAUUUCAAAGCAGACAGCAGAAGCAGGUCACAGGGACCGUGAAGGAGAAAUUUGUCCUGGUUGAUGGGGAAGUCGUGAUCACUGGCAGCUACAGCUUCACGUGGACAGAUGCUCGCUUGAACCGCCAGCUGGUCACUCAGCUUACAGGAGAAGUGACAGGGGCAUUUGACCGGGAGUUCCGCAUCUUAUAUGCUGCCUCUUGUCCCCUGCCAGCCCUAGAAAUUUCACCUAGACUCCAGCCUGCUUCGAGCCUGGCCCCAUUACCAAGUACCAAUGGGCCAGAUAUCACUCCGUACGUCAGCGUCCUGGAUGGGGUGCAGCUGUCCAACCGCAUUGCAGAGCGACGCUCCGUGGCCCCUCAACCCGUGGCCAAGAGCCAUGCUGGAGAGUGGGAGUUAGUAUUAGCCUCCCCUGCUACGGCGGAAGACCCUGUGCUUCCCACCCCACCUCCAGAGGUGUCUAUUCGAAACAGACUGGCAGCAUGGCGUGGCACAGACCUUUCAGGAGGGGGCCUGCACGGAUCCCCCGAUGGGCAGAAUGCUCUUAGCGAUAUACUUAGGAGCGUACAGCGGACUCGGCGUUCAGCAGCAAAGACCACAGGGGCUCGCGCUAGUAAGUCCCUGUGGGACCUCAGCCAGCUCUCUGGAACCAGCACAACAGGAAGGGGAUGGAAUGGGAUAGACUCGGCAGAAGAAGCUAAGAAAUGGGGUUACCAGGACACACCAGCAAGAGAGCUGAUGAAACAGCGAGGGACUGGCUAUGCCCCAGAAGAACCAAGGAUGCCCGUUUACCUGGCACCUGGGCGUAUGACCCCUUCCUCUGGCUACUUGCCUCUAGGAAGACUACAAGGACAGCUGUAUCAUAAUCCAGGUCUAUCCCGGGCUUGGCCACACCCAGGACAACUCCAGUAUGGGCAUCAGCUACGGUACUGAAACCUCUCUGAAAAUCUCAAGGCAGGAAA